GGCUAAUCCUGUGCAUGGCAGCUCUCACAAGAGUUCGCAAGCAGAAGCACUGUGGUGAAUGGGCAGUGGAGAUUCCAUAUGCAGAUAGGGAGGAGGAGCCUGUGGCACCAUGGUGAUUGGGCAGUGGGGAUUCCAUUUGCGGAUAGGGGGGAGGAGCCUGUGAUGCUUAAGGACAGUUGGAAUACAACUGUUACUGGUCAGUAUAUGUUCUUGACUGUAGAGGAGAGGAAUGAUAUAGAUGGAUGGAUAGAUGGAUAGUGGGCAGGGGUCUGUGAAGAGAUGGGUCGUGAGGGAGGAAAGAGCCCCUUCGGGAGAAGGAGGCUGCCGUUGUGUAAAUUAGAUGAGGAGAUGAACAAGGACUGUUAAUUCAGGAAGAGAGAGAGAGAGAGAGAGAAGGAAGGGGAAGAAAGAGGGGAAGAACGAGUGGAGGAGAGAGAAAAAGAGGAAAAGAAGGGAGGGGAAGAGAGAAAGGGCGAGGGAUGGGCCCGAGCCUGUCAGUGGCCUGAGGGGAACGAGUGGCCAUGGCGGCAGUGGCAGCAAGGAAGGGCCUGGUCAACCGCUGCUGCUCCUGCUCCUGUGGGGGAGGGGCAGGAGUGGGGUUCAGGUGAGGGUAGAGAGGUCUCUGGGGAUAGGGGGCUGCAACUUGGCCAAGAGGCAUCAGCAACACUGCAGCCGCAACCAAGAGGGGUGAGGGGGAUGAAGUGAAGGGAUGGAGGAGUGACCAAGAGGGGUGAGGGGGAUGGAAGCAACUGGAUGGAGGAGGAGGAGCAGGAGUGCAGCUCAGUUUUGUUCCACUGUUGAAUCUGGAUCUGGGGAGCUUGGCUACACAUCUUUCCUUGAAAGUCACUGUUUCUGAUCCUGAUUAAUCUCACAGAAGGGCUGAAGACAAGAAUUAGAUAAAGGAGCAGAAAAGGAAUUGCCUCAGGAUCAGCAGGGAGGCGUCCCAGAUGCCAUGGAGCAUCAGGGUUCAGGACUGGCCAAGCGUCUGGCCACGUUACUCUCGGGUCUGGUGGAGUGCAUGUGCUUUGCAGGUGUCAUUUUUGGAUGGACCUCCCUGGUCUACGUUCUCAAGGGCUUGCACUACUUUGAGGAUGUGUGCUCGCCAGCUGUCAAUCAAACAGCCAAUGUCACAGUCUGCAGUGCCCAGGAUGAGAAGUUCUCCCUCAUCUUCACCAUUGGCUCCUUCAUGAACAACUUUAUGACCUUCCCCACAGGCUAUGUUUUUGACCGCUUUGGUACCACAGCAGCCCGUUUGCUUGCCAUAUCUUCCUAUACCACUGGCACCCUCCUCAUCGCAUUUUCCUCAGCAGCCACUGCACUGAUGCUAUUUCCAGCACUAUCAUUGCUCUCUGUUGGUGGGAUUCUCCUUAUCCUCACCAACAUGCAGGUUGGGAACCUCUUUGGGAAACAUCGCUCAACCAUCAUUACCCUUUACAAUGGGGCCUUUGACUCUUCCUCUGCUGUGUUUCUUGUCAUCAAGCUGCUGUAUGAGCGUGGCCUCUCGCUGUGCAGCAUGUUCCUCUUCAUGUCCGCCUGCAGUGCCUGGCACUUGGUUCGCACUUUUUUCCUGAUGCCUCGCCAUCAUAUUCCAUACCCCCUUCCCUCAGGAUAUACAUAUGGACUGAGUUGUCGGAGGAGGUCCAAUUCGUAUCGUACCUAUGAAGAAAAACGUAGGCCUGAGGGCCUGGAUGAAGAUGAAACUCAAGAUGGGGAUCAUCUGCAUAUUAACUCAGCAUUCGGGGAGGAGCUUAUCACCACCAAAGUAAUUACUGGCAAAGGGACUCCUGGAACCUUGCCAAACUUCAAGGAGCCGGCUAUAGUUUCGUUCCGGAGCUGUGUCUUCUCCAAACUGUUUUUCUGGCAUUUGGUGUGGCUGUCAGUGAUGCAGCUGCGUCACUACCUCUUCAUUGGAACCCUCAACCCUACCCUGGAACAGCUGGCUGGCAGAGAUACUAACCUUGUGAGUAAGUACACCAAUGCCUUUGCCUUCACCCAGCUCUGUGGAGUCCUUUGCGCCCCCUGGAAUGGGCUUAUCCUGGACCGUCACAAGCGUGGGCAGAAAAAGGAGGCGAGUUCUCAAGGGGUGCCGGACUCUCUUGCGGACCUGCGAUCCUGUGUGCUGUCUCUGGCCAUCACAGUGCUGCAGUGCAUUGCCUUCUCCAUUUGCGCCUCCAUUCCGGUGCUGCCAGUGCAGUAUGCCACCUUUAUCCUGCAGGUUCUGAGCCGCUCUUUCCUCUACGGGGGCAAUGCCGCCUUCUUGGCUGUUGCCUUCCCCUUGGAACACUUCGGGAAGCUCUAUGGUCUCGUGAUGGGACUCUCGGCCGUGGUAUCUCUCCUACAGUACCCUUGCUUCUGGCUCAUCAAGGGCCCACUCCAGGGGGAUGCCUUUUAUGUGAAUAUUGGCCUUGUAGUCUUAAUGCUGCUGGCUUUGGUCAACCCUUUGGUGGUGUGGUAUGAAUUCAAGCGACGACAGAAGAAACAGGAUGCCACACACAAUGCAGAGUCCUCCAAUUGAGACCUUCGCUAUAUAGACUUUGGGAACCUCACCUAACAAAAGGGAACUUUAAGAAGACCUGAGAAGGGAAAGGAAGAAAAAGCUGUGAGAACAAGCUUCUCUCUGAGCCUCACACCCAGCAAAACCUGGCCACGAUCUAACACGGUUAGGCAUGCUUAUGCCCAAUGAAAGAAAUGAGCUUAAGCAUGCUUAACUCCUUGUUGAUUUAUGGCCUCAGUUUUCCAAAGCCAGAUUCUCUCUUCCUUCCUCUUUAUAUAGUAUUUUUUUCUAGAAAUAAAAUCCAUUUUAUAUUUUCCCUAGUAUGAGGAUUUAGAGUAUAUUUUACUUACCUGUUGUUUUGUUAUUUUACAGAGAGAUAUUUUUGUGUGUGGAUCAUUUAAAAAUACCAGAACUAGUUACAUUUUUCUGACACAUAAAAAAUUCCAGUUGAAAAAUGUUAACUUUUUGAAAUAAAGGUCUUAAUAUUUUCAUCUCCCUAUUAAGUUGUUGAAUUAGCUGAAAAACUAUCUACCCUAAUUGUUUUGGAUUUUAAAAAAUAUGUUUUAUUGUUAGUUUUUAAGAACUAAAAGUUCAUACCAGAACUUGAAGGAAAAUGUUCAGAAUCAUGACAGAAUUAAACCACUAAAAUAUUAAUAAAACCUGUUUUUCUUUUUAAAAGGUA